CUGCACGCGCAGCCCAGGGGUUGUGAUUUCCCGGGGUUUCGGUUUCCGUGGUUGGGUUGCAGAAGAUUGGAGUCUGUCGCAUAAAGAGAUGGAGUUUGAGCUGCUGCCUAAUCGCAUGCCUGGUGCAGCGGCUUAGUUCCAGGCAGUUGGAAACGUGUGUGUGCUCUUCAUUCCGGUGGAUUACACACAUCAGUUCUUACAGGGCAUGGCUUCUCCCGAACAGGACAUGGUGGCUAAGUUUCCCAUUAGGGGAUGGAGAGUAUGGCCCCGAUCUGAUCUUGGCAGACGGAGGGCUUUGCCUUCUGGAGCUGGCCUCUGCCGUCUCCUGCCGCUUGGGCCUUUAUCUGCCAGGCUCUCAGCACUCGGUGCUGGUCCUGUUCCAUCUUGCAGUCCGUUUUCCAUCGACAGUGUGUUUGAGAGGAGAAGCACAGUGGCCAUGGAUGACCUGGGGGAAAACACCACCGUGCUGUCCACCCUGAGGUCUUUGAACAGCUUCAUUUCUCAGCGGGUGGAGGCAGGGUCUGGACUGGACGCUUCCGCCUCUGCCCCAAGCUCUCUGCAGAUGCAGUACCAGCAGAGCAUGCAGCUGGAGGAACGAGCGGAGCGGAUCCGUUCCAAGUCCCAGGUCGUCCAGGUGGAGCGGGAGAAGAUGCAGAUGGAGCUGAGCCACAAGAGAGCUCGAGUGGAGCUGGAGCGGGCGGCUAGCACCAGUGCCAGGCGCUAUGAGCGCGAGGUGGAUCGCAACCAGGAGCUCCUGACGCGCAUUCGGCAGCUGCAGGAGCGGGAGGCCGAGGCGGAGGAGAAGAUGAAGGAGCAGCUGGAACGCCAUAGGCUGUGUAAGCAAAGCCUGGAUGCCGCCGGCCAGAAGCUGCGGGAGAAGGAGGACGGCCUGGCCGCGGCCGGCGAGACCAUCAGCGCGCUAAAGGCGAAGGUCUCCGAGUUGCAGUGGAGCAUGAUGAAUCAGGAGAUGCAGGUGAAGAGCCUGGAGUCUGAGAAGCAGGAACUCAAGGAGCAGCUGGCCUUGCAGCACAAGAAAUGUGAGGAGGCUAAUCAGAAGGUUCAGGAGCUCCAGGCCAGCCAGGAAGCGAGGGCCGACCAGGAGCAGAGGAUCAGGGAUCUGGAGCAGAAGCUGUCCCUGCAGGAGCAGGAUGCCGCAGUCGUGAAGAAUAUGAAGUCCGAGCUGGUGCGGCUGCCCAAGAUGGAGAGGGAGCUGAAGCAGCUGCGGGAGGAGAGCGCCUACCUGCGGGAGAUGCGCGAGACCAACGGGCUGCUCAGGGAGGAGCUGGAGGGGCUGCGGCGGCGGCUGGGGCGGCAAGAGAAGACGCGGGAGAGUCUGGUUGUCCUGGAGCUGGAGAAGGAGAGGCUGCUGGCAAAGCUGCAGAGCUGGGAGCGGCUGGAGCAGACCACGGGCUUGAGCAUCAGGACCCCGGAAGACCUUUCUAGGUUCAUUGUUGACCUGCAGCAGCGAGAGGUGGCCUUGCAGGACCGGAACAACACCGUCACCAGCAGCGCCCGUGGGCUGGAGAAGGCCCGGCAGCAGCUCCAGGAGGAGGUCCGCCAGGCCAGCAGCCAGCUGCUGGAGGAGAGGAAGAAGCGGGAGACGCAGGAGGCCCUGGCGCGGAGACUCCAGAAGCGGGUCCUGCUGCUGACGAAGGAGCGGGACGGAAUGCGCGCCAUCCUGGGUUCCUACGACAGCGAGCUUACUGCGGCCGAGUACUCACCCCAGCUGACGCGUCGCAUGCGUGAGGCCGAGGACAUGGUCCAGAAGGUGCACGCGCACAGCUCAGAGAUGGAGGCUCAGCUGUCACAGGCCCUGGAGGAGCUGGGAGGCCAGAAGCAGAGAGCGGACAUGCUGGAGAUGGAGGUGAAGAUGCUACAGUCUCAGUCCAGUGCCGCCGAGCAGAGCUUCCCACUGUCCAGGGAGGAGGCAAGCUCGCUCAGGUUGAAGAUUGAGGAGCUGGAAGGGGAGCGCAGUCGUCUGGAAGAAGACAAGAAGAUGCUGGAGAUGCAGCUUGAGCGGUUCACCCUGCAGGGCAGCUACGACCAGAGCAGAACCAAAGUGCUGCACAUGAGCAUGAACCCGGCCAGCGCGGCCAAGCAGCGGCUCCGUGGGGACCAGGCCCGGCUGCAGGAGGAGUGCGAGCAACUACGGGAGCUCGUGCGUGCCCUGGAGCGAGGCGGUCCCGUCCCUGCCGGCCUGGAGGCCGCUGCGAGUCUGCCUUCGUCCACGGAGCUGACAGCUCCGCAAAUCAGGGUGACAGCCCCUGAGCCCGCGGCUCGUCCCUGCCGGUGCGGGAAGAUGACCCUCCUGUUUCCACGGAGUCCCAUGCUGGACCUGCCCUGCGAGUGCAGAGACCAAUGGCCCACCAGCAAAGAGCUGAGGAAGCAGGUGGAGAGCGCUGAGCUGAAGAAUCAGCGGCUCAAGGAGGUCUUUCAGACCAAGAUCCAAGAGUUCCGGAAAGUCUGCUAUGCGCUCACGGGCUACCAGAUCGACAUCACCACGGAGAACCAGUACCGGCUGACGUCCAUGUACGCGGAGCACAAAGCCGACUGCCUCAUCUUCAAGGCCACGGGACCCUCGGGUGCCAAGAUGCAGCUGCUGGAGACGGCGUUCUCACACUCAGUGCGGGAGCUCAUCGAGCUGCACCUGCUGCGCCAGGACAGCAUCCCGGCCUUCCUCAGCGCCCUCACCCUCGACCUCUUCAGCCGCCAGACCGUGGCCUAGCCUGCAGCCGUGGGCCCCAGUGGCUGCCGCACCUGAGCUCCACGGUGCACGUGCGCAGCCGCCCCCACGCAUCCGGCCCGGGCCGCACACUGCCCACCUGCCCGGGACCCCUGUGAGCGCACCCGGAGCCAGCGGGGACCGAGCCGCCCCAGGGGCCGAGCUGCCCGGGGUCCACCCGCUCUGCAGUGCAGGGGCCCCGCCCUCCUCCUUCCCCAGGAUGUGCAGUGCUGCUGCUCUGGCCAGAGGCCUGGGGGCCGAGCCAUCCCAGCCCACUUCUGGUCCCCGCCCCAGCGUGGGCCCCCACCCACGCACCGCUCAAACCCAGCCAUGUUGGGGGGCUGCCAGCCGACGUCCCUGCUCCCCCUGAAAUAAAUUUUGCUCCUUGGCCACCC